AUGACACAGAUUAUUUGGUUCAAUCUUCUGCUUUGUGUCACUUUGGCUUAUAAUGAAACCUUCUCUCCACUUGACUCCACAUAUAUUCAUUAUCCUGGUUAUAACCCAGAUAUCAUUCUGAACUACCUUCCCCAUACAUCUGAUAUCGUUAACAACGAUUUGGAGACAUUGCCUGACCAUAAUGACGAUACAUAUAACAGUGACCGGGAACAAGCGACGAUAAUAACAAGUGAUGAACAAUCCCAGGAAGUCACCGACGGUUUCGCUUAUAAUAUCGAACGGGAAAAUACUGAUCGAGAAUUGUUAGGAAUAACCGUUGACAAAGAUCUCUUCCCAGAACUCAUCUGCACUUUAUUACCGCUUAAUUCAGAUACCAGUACACACAAUACUGGUGGAGAAUUACCGGGAACAAAUGGUGAAAUAUUACAUAAUGAUAUUUCCUUCAAACGUUACAGUUCACUCAAUCAUGUGAAAAUGAGAUUACAAGCAAUUAAGAACGAAACUGAUUUCAUUACAGCAGAAAAUUCGCAGUUAUUUACUCUGCAAUAUCCAACCAUUAAAGAGAACAUUUUUCCCCUAAUAUAUGCCAAGAAAAAAAGGAAUUUUUCAGAAGAGCAAAAUCGUAAGCAUCCUCAUGCCGGACGUAAUGCGCACUUUAAGAAUCGCAGUGAAUAUAGAAAACGCAAGAAAACGCACGACAAACCAUUUAUUUGCAAACGCCAACGACCCGAUUGUGGGCAAACGUCCAAUCAUUCAUCGUUUCUCUCUCGCAAUGAAACACGCCAACCUAAACUUCAAUGCGAAAACUCCAAGGAAUUUUUCUCCCGCAAGGACAAUUUGAAAAUACACAUGAAGCGAUGUUUAAUAAAUUCUAGUUAG